GUGUAGGUGGCAGCAUGAACACCAACGUGCUGACCUUCAGGAAUUUCACAAUAAACCCCGCCGAGGCGGCUACUAUUGCUAUUGAUUCGUUCCUACUAGGGGAGGAGGACGGGUCGACGGAGAAGAUCACCGGGUACGGGUAGGCCGAGGAAAAGGAUGGCCGGCGUUUCGUGGGAUGGCACAACUCUGGAAGACCCAAAAAGGCAUCGCGCUACGAAAAAAAGAACAACCAAGAACGCUGCCCGAGCGUUGGCAGUUGAGCAGCACAGUCCGCCGACCUGUGGCGCGAGCCGCUAGUUGCAAAACGGUCACCGUUCGCCGCUGUGCUGAGUAG